AUGUCACACUCGACAUCUGACACCUAUGGCGCUGAUGUUUCAGCCCUUGCUCUCAGCAUCAGGGAUGAGCAUUUUGCCCUCAAGGACGACGGAUGCGACGCCGAUAACACUGCACGUGCCCCGGCACAAGGAGCACUGUCAACUCGCUGUCUCAACACUCGCUUGCUGUCAUUACACAAGAUGCAGCUCAAGAACGCUGUCGCCGCACUGGCUUUUGCCAGCAUUGGUGGGGUCAAUGCUUUCUUCCGUGUCAACUGUGCAAAGAUUCAAGUCGGCCGUAUUGAUCCUAUUGUCAACCCAGGAGCAUUGGCAGCUCAUUGUCAUUCUAUAGUCGGCGGGUCGAACAUCGGCGUUAAUGCAACCUUCGAUAGUCUCUACAACUCAGAGUGCACCUCUUGCGAGGUAUCAGAAGACAAAUCUGCUUACUGGACACCAAAUCUCUACUAUCAACAUGCUAAUGGCUCUUUUGAGGAGGUUCCUCAUGAUGGAAGUGUCAUCUACUACCUAGCUCGUGGUCAGAAUGCCAACGACAUUGUCUCUUUCCCCAAAGGAUUCCAGAUGCUGUCAGGUAACAAGGCACUAAGAGCCGCCAAUCAAUCGGGCAUGACUUGGGGAAGUUCCAAGUACCGUAACAGACCUAUCUCCGAUGCCGUCAGCUACGCCUGUUUGUCAGCCAAGGGUGGUCCGGAGACGCCCAACUUACCCGCUGACCCUCGUGUGUGCAUCAACGGUCUGCGUGCACAGAUUCACUUCCAGACAUGCUGGAAUGGACGAGACUUGUACAAGGCCGACAACAGCCAUGUGGCACAUAUGACACAGAUUGACAACGGUGUCUGUCCUCCUGGAUACCCCUACCAAUUCCCGCAUCUGUUCUUAGAGACCAACUACGCAGUAACCAAGGUCUCCAACCUGAAUGACGGCGGUCGCUUCGUCUUCUCACAAGGUGAUCCCACAGGAUAUGGCUUCCACGGCGAUUUCCAGAACGGCUGGAAUGACGACGUACUCAAGGACGCUAUAGCUACCUGCCUUGUCGAUGGACAAGACGAUUCUGGUACCAUUGAUGACUGUCCAGCGCUCCUCAAGCACUGGAACCCUCAAUUCUCCCAGAACUGCCCUAUCCGACCACCUCAAAUCAACGAACGGGCCACUGGCAUGAUUGACAAGCUUCCUGGAUGCAUUCGUGUUACGGAUGGACCAGGUGCUGCUACAGCGGCCGACAUGGAGUGCCCUGCUAGCGUGCCUCAAGCCAGUAUCAGCAGAACUGUCGAUUCGACCCCAAGACCCACCUUCAACCCCAGUAUUGGUACUGAGUUUGGUAACAAGUUCAACAAAGUCGUGGGCUGCGGAAACGACUCCUACGUCAACAACGGAUUCAGAACUUUGAAUGCACUGUCCACGACACUGACCGGAAUGACUGUAGAGUACUGUCAAACUUACUGCACCAAGCGUGGCUACCAAUACUCUGGUUUGGAAAAUGGAAAUCAGUGUUACUGUGAUCUUGCUAUCAACCCGACGGCCAUCAUUGCAAACCAGGCGAACUUUACCAAGGGCUGCAACAUUUUCUGCCCUGGUAAUCGUAGCGAAAUUUGCGGUGGUGCCUUUUACAUGAGUCUGUACAACAACACUGAUCCUACCUUCAAGCCCACAACCGACUUGACCAAGUCUGUCAUUCAGCUCACCGUCCCCGUUGCUCCAUUCAACAAGACUUACGUAGGUUGUGCAACCGAAGGUAGCGGUGGUCGCGCAUUGAACAGCAGCACGUUGAUCAAUACCAACAUGACACUCGCCCAAUGUGCCGCUCUCGCCGAGACCAAGAACACUGCCUUCUAUGGUCUCGAGAACUUCAACGAGUGCUAUGUCGGCAAUGGUCUCGCUUCCGGAGCCAAGAUUGUAGACACAGCGACCGAUAUCAGUCUGAGCAAGUGCCGUUACCGCUGCGUUGGCAACUUCUCGCAAGUCUGUGGUGGCUCUGGCGCGUUGAGCGUCUACAGCAAUCCUGCAUACAAGCCGGUACAGAUUGUUCCUAACGUGGGCAAGUAUAACAGCAAGGGCUGUGUGCAAGAACCCACUACCGGUGGAAGAGCCCUCAAGGGCGGCAGUACCACUGCCACCGACAUGACCGUCGAGAAGUGUAUCAAGUAUUGCUUGGGCAAGAACUUCAGAUUUGCUGGUAUUGAAUAUGGCUCACAAUGCUACUGUGGCUCUCAAGUGGAAACAGGAGCCACGACAAUCAAAUGCGACACCUCAAAGCUCAUGCUAUGUCCCGGCAAUAAGUACCAGUUCUGUGGUGCGGGCAAUCUGCUCAACCUUUACUAUGCUUCGGCACUUUAA